AAAGGUAGUAAUUGAUGGUUUUAAAGAUAACAAUAACCCCCAAGUUGUUUAGGAGUCGACAAACAGCACACGCUUUUUUCUCAACCACCCGUUUUCCUCCUUGUUUACAACAAUGACUCUUCGUAUUCAACAAAGGGCACUAAUAAUAGUAUCAGAAACACGUUUAUCAAUGAAGAACAAUACUAAUGGCGAACACAAUGAGACACGAACAAAUGUGUGUCUGGCUGUGAGACGACAAAGUAUGCGUUCGUCCCAAGGCUACAUAAGAGAGCCGUCAGUGAUUACUUUCACAUACUCAGACAUGACAACCACUCAGCAGUCUUCUCCAAAGCAAGCAUCGGAAUCGUCGACUCAAAAUGUGCUGACCAACUUCCAAGAUACCCCUCUCCUAGGAGUCUUGCAAGCUGUCAACAUCAGAAUCUGAUGGAGGUACCCUGGAGUUGAGUUUGGAGGGGCGCACGUGACAGCACGUGAUGCCCACCCAGGUGCAUUCUCCACCUCUCAAAACACCCUUGCAACGCGUCUCAACCUUGUUCUUCAAUCGAAAUGGAGCGACACAACAUCUACCUCGAAUAUAAGAGAGAUACAAAGUAUCUUCUCUACUGGUUGAUUAAUGUAUCCAAUCGGAUUAUCAAAUCAUCCAAAGAUGAAGCUGUCACCGAGCUCAAUACGACAGGCCAAACAACCGUGGCCGGCCUCAUAACGAUGGCCAAACUCGUCGCACAACAUGGCGAACCCGUCCCCGGCGCUAUUUAUCGACUGUUUGGAUCAAUCAUUGCAGCGAGAACCACAAUAAACAGCGCCUUUCACCAGCUCGUUGGCUCGAAUGAGGACGAGGAUUUGAAGCGCAGUAAUGCAACCCACAAGCAUUUUAUCGACACGCUCCAGCAAGCGUUUAUUAUUCUUGGAGGCGACUCAUGGAAACAGAGCCAGAGCCAGAGCCAGAGCCAGAGCAAGCAGGACUCUGAAGAAGACGAGGAUGUUGAACAUGCCAUUUUCACCAACACGUUCAGAAACUUGACUGUCGAGGCUGAGGACGAAGCCUCGAGCGAAGAAGAUGAAGAGGCUCAAACCCCAUCGGUCCCGCGGAAGAUGUCAAGAAAACCCGGAAAGGCCAAGAAAAGCAAAAAGGGCAAGAAAUCGAAGAAGCAGAAGAAGACCAAGAAGACACCCACCACUGGGGACGCUGACAAGGACGAAAUUCCGAUGGAAAGCGUCCGGAUAAUUGAGGACGCCGACGGGAUCAUGACGGACUAUCUGAUGGCUGUGUACACGGCCGUGAACGAGUGGGCUGAUCUAAGGGCGUACAACCAAGCUCUCUGGAGGGAGGUUGCGUACCAAGGCAUCAACGGUGCCGUGGCUGGGGCAGUCGCCAACAUGGCCGUCUCCAUGAUCAAACAGACAAGUUCGGCAAUCUUUGUCGAUUUCCCAGGUCAUGACUCGUACGAAACGAUCAUGAAAACGAUCACUCGAGGCGACCCGGACAAGGCACAAGGCAAAUUUACCAUCGCAAAGUACGCCAUUGACUCUCAUGGCAGACUACACAGCAAGCCCGAAGAGACUGCUGUUGACGUCAAGGAGCAGUUCCUCAUCUACGCCUACCAUGAUCUUGUGGACUUUGUGAUCGACUUCCAGCUCAACCGAAGCGGAAAGCCCACCAAAGCGAUGCAGGCGAAAAUUGGGAACUGGAACCCAAACUUGGACUUGCGCAAAGCGACAAAGCAGCAGCGACUUGAGUGGCGUCGCCAAUAUACAAUCAAGUGGCUGUACGACCUCGUCAACGUGUACUCGGCGAUUGUUGUGCAACGCAAUACGAUGAAGGGGGAGAAGCAUGUCUAUGAGAGAGUCGACUGGUCCGCUACUGGCCCUUGGGCAGUUCACCGCAGAUUAUACGGAUUGAACGAAUUUGCCGCCGAGAUCACCACUAUGGCCAUGAAAAGGCCUGGGGCGGACCCCCGAAAGAUGAUUCAGCCUCACCAUGUCUUUCACUUACAGUGCAUCGUGGAUGCCAUGACAGUCUCCCGUGGCUGGCAGCUCGAUACUUUGCGAGGCCACGUCUUGGAAGCACCAGCUCCUGGAUUUCGACCCAGACGCGAUGUCGACCUCUUUCUAGACCGCGAAAGCAAAAGAUUUGCAAGAGGCUAUUGCGCAUCGGUGGGCAUGGUGAAGUCGGCCCUUACAAAGGACGGCGACCACCCCGAAUUGAAGAACAUCUUUACACUUCUCCAGAUGGAACUGGAGGAUUUCGUCAACUGGCUUGGAGAGAGCAAGUACAUGUCCGGACUUACUACUAUACCCCCAUCACGCUUCUCUGGCCACAACUCCAACGGACUUUGGGAGUACUCCCCUUUCCUUUGCGGUGUUGGUCUCAUGGAAGGUCUUGAACUCGCAUACAUCAUGGGUAUAUCGCUUUGGGACAAGAUUCCAGAGCCGAUGUUGCUCAUUCACCUGCACAACAUGCUCGUCCAGAAAGGUUACUUGACACGCCCUGUCGGAUUAUUCCAGACACUCCACGACUUAAUGACAGAGUCGUUCUUUGCGAAUGGGCGUGCUCCAACCUCGGAUUUCAGCCAAGCGCUUCUCAGAAAGGUCGGAGAAAAGGGCUCUGGGCUUUCGAGAGGCAAGCGACAAACCACGAAAGAUCAUGGCCUUACCAACGACAUGCAUAAACACCUCGGUCCAAGUGUGAACCGGUUCUUCCAGCAAAAGCCGACCUUGUUGCUCUGUCGAAAGGCGGAUUGGAAUCCAGACGCGAUCCCUGACGAGGAGCUUCACUUUGGCAGUGUCAUGUUUCUUCGUCGACUCGCUUCUUUGAAAAAGUCUCAGCUCAAAGAUUCACCAAUCUUUCUCCGAGCAAAGGCAGCUGGCAUUGAUGAAAAUGUGAUCCUGGAGAUGGCCGAUAAGCUGGCGAAUAUCAAGAAGACCGAGGCAAGCCUGCCACAAUCCCUCAUUGAUUCAAUCACCGAACAAGGGUACCAGAGCGUGGCGCCUGGCAGCCUGGACAUGGCUACUGGAGCAGCACGCAAGACGGCAUCUCAAGUCACCGGCCGUGAUCUCUUGGAAUUCGCCAGAGCCGACAUUCUGAGCGAUGUUGCAGGCAUGCGGCCACUCCUCAGCUUCAACUAUCUGUCUUCGAUUGUCGUCUUUUUGUGGGUGUUUUCCCAGAUCGAGGAUCGCCUCAGCAAAGCAAGAAAUCGAUCGUACAUCGAUGCGUACGAGAGGUCUGCACCAGCUGACAAGCGAAUCACGCUCGUUCUGCUGGCGUUGGCGGAGCAGGACCAGCAAUGCUUGAAGAUCAUGGGCGAAGCAUUCGAGGCCUGCCGUACGGGUUUCAUGGACUACAUUUACUGGGACGAUUUGGAUACGGAGCCAGCAUUGAGGGAGAGACCUGGUAAUUCGAGUCCAGAAGCAUGUGUUGUUAUGUAG